AUGGGCCGUGGCAGACGGUGGUGGAACGCCGCGGCCGCUCGCCUGCAUAUUGAGGCUCCGGCCGACUCCACGCUCCACAGCCAGGAGGAGCUUUCGCAGCAAACACCAAAGAAAAAAAGUCCCUUUCAUCCGCAGUCUCCAGUCCAUAACCGACCACUUCCACUGCAGCGCGCUCGGCAAUCGUCGAUUUCCCUUCCGAGAGCGCGUUUACAAAAGACUGCUGGGGUCAUCCCCUUUCUGUCUCCCUCUCGACCACCCGCCCAUCGAUUGCGCCGACACGAAUCCCCUUUCCCACUCCAUCUCGAAUACGGGUCUUCCACCACAAUGACGCACCUGCGAGGCGGCGCCGCCGCCGCGCUGCGAAGCGCCCGCCAGCAAAUGCAGCUGCGCAGCGCCUCGCGCCGGCCGCCCGUGGUCGUCGCGCGCUGGUACAGCAUGCAGAUUGAGCCGGAGCACCCCAAGCCCCCGCGGCAGGGCAACUCGGCCAAGCUGGGCCGCUCGUUCCAGGGCCAGGUCAUGGGCAGCAUCGGCGCCCGUCUGCGCAGGGAGCGCGAGCAGCGCGCGCAGUACGAGCAGUGGCGCAACACGACGGAUCCCGCGAGAAACUGGAUGAUUACCUUCUUCUUCCUGUCUAGCAUUGGCAUCGCGUACUGGCUGGGCACGUACUGGCCACGCGAGCCCGAGCCCUCGUCGACGCUGCCGCUGCCCAAGUCCAAGAUCCCCAAGCACAACACCAAGCUCGAGAACAUGCAGGCCGCGUGGGCCGACUUUGUGCGCGUCCUCGGCAAGGACAAUGUCAGCACGCUCGAGGCCGACCUCGAGCAGCACGCCACGGCCGACUGGUCCUCGCACCGGCCCAAGCCCGACGAGCGGCCUUUUUGCGUCGUCUUCCCCAGCUCCACCGAGGAGGUGUCGGAGAUUAUGAAGAUCUGCCACCUGCGCCGUAUCCCCGUCGUGGGCUACAGCGGCGGCACGAGCCUCGAGGGCCACUUCACGCCGACGCGCAAGGGCGUCUCGAUUGACUUUGGCCGCAUGGACAAAAUUGUGCAGCUGCACAAGGAGGACCUCGACGUGGUCGUGCAGCCAGCCGUCGGCUGGGAGCGCCUUAACGAGGAGCUGGGCCAGGACGGCCUCUUCUUCCCGCCAGACCCGGGCCCGGGCGCCAUGAUUGGCGGCAUGGUCGGCACGGGGUGCAGCGGCACCAACGCCUACCGCUACGGCACCAUGCGCGAGUGGGUGCUGAGCCUGACGGUGGUGCUGGCCGACGGCACCGUCAUAAAGACGCGCCAGCGCCCGCGCAAGAGCUCCGCCGGCUACGACCUCACCAAGCUCUUCAUCGGCUCCGAGGGUACCCUCGGCCUCGUGACCGAGGCGACGCUCAAGGUGACGGUCAAGCCCGAGUCGACGAGCGUGGCCGUCGGCACCUUCCCCACCAUCGGCCACGCCGCCGGUUGCGUCGCCAAGGUGGUCGGCCAGGGCGUGCCCAUUGCCGCCAUUGAGAUUCUCGACGACAACCAGAUGCACUUUAUCAACGAGGCCGGCAUGACGUCGCGCGCGUGGACGGAGGCGCCCACGCUCUUCUUCAAGUUUGCCGGCACCCCCGGCGGCGUCAAGGAGCAGGUCGGCAUCGUGCAGGCGCUCGCGCGCCAGGCCGGCGCCAAGACGUUUGAGUUUGCGCGCAGCCAGCAGGAGCAGGACGAGCUGUGGAGCGCGCGCAAGGAGGCUCUCUGGAGCACCAUGGCCGUCAUGAAGCCCGGCGAUCGCGUCUGGACGGGCGACGUCGCCGUGCCGAUGAGUCGUCUGCCGCAGCUGAUUGACGAGACCAAGGAUGACAUGCGCAAGAGCGGCCUGCGGGGCUCGAUUGUCGGCCACGUUGGUGAUGGCAAUUUUCACUCAAUUCUCAUCUACAACGACGCUCAGCGCAAAAAGGCAGAGACCAUUGUGCACCGCAUGGUGAAGCGCGCUGUUGAGAUGGAGGGCACAGUCACUGGCGAACAUGGUGUUGGCCUGGUCAAGCGGGACUACCUCGAGCACGAGCUCGGCGUGACGACCGUGGACACGAUGCGCCAGAUCAAAAAGGCUCUUGACCCGCUGUGUCUGCUAAACACUGACAAGGUCGUCCGCAUGCAAAAAGCCGGCAAGGGCGACGAGGUCCAGGAGUGGUAA